AUGGCCGUGCAAACCAGCGACGAUGAGUUUGGCUACGACUUUGAAUCCGACGAUGAAGAGCUUUUGAUUCAACUUGCUUCCAAUCACUCGCCGCCGCUCAAGCAGUCGACGGAUCCUGUAGCUCUUGUCACAGCUUCAAGCACUGCCAAGAAGACAAAUUCAAGUUUUGAAGCCUCGAGAGAGGUCAAGACGUCCCAGACAUAUGUCUACCGCAGCGAUGCAUCACCGUCAAAUGGCUUUGUCACAAAAGUAGAGACAUCGACAUCAACGACGGAUCAAAAACGGACCAUCUCAUCUCCUUCCCCAGUCAGUGAGACCGUCGCAUAUCCCGAUCUAACCAAUGCCCUACAAGCUAUUGAGCCCAUUCAGUCACCACCGCCAACAGAAAUUAGUGACGAUGAUGAGGCUGAAUUCGAGGACGAUCGGUCUCCAUUAAAGAGGUUUCGCUCAUACCCAAGGAGGCCGCUAACAGUGAGCGACCUGACUGCCGGAGCAUGGUGCGAGCUUCAGUACUGGUAUACACUCACACGGCUGCCUGGUGGGCGGAAAACUCGAACACCGGCGAUGCAGCAAGGGUCCAAAGUGCAUAAGAAGCUUGAAGACGAGGUCCAUACAACGGUCAAGAUUGAGAUCUUGCACAAAGAGGACGGAUUUGGACUGAGACUAUGGAACGUAGUCCAGGGGUUAAGAACGCUGCGGGAUACGGGCUUGACUAGGGAACUAGAGGUUUGGGGCACGGUGGACGGCAACCUCGUCAACGGUGUUAUUGAUGCUCUGAGCUACGACAACCCUAAUCCAGAGUUUGAGGAAGAGCUCGUCAGUCAGCGCCAGCCAACAAUAUCUGACUACUUCCCACCCAUCAAGCCCAGCAAAUCCAAGGGCAAUGACCGCCGGGUUUAUCUUUCGGAUGUCAAAACACGGGGUACUGAGAAACCUAUAUCAGCAGCUGCGAUUCGCCCCGCAAAGAUUCAAUUGCUGCUGUACCACCGCUUCCUGUCCAACAUGGCUGCUGGCAAGCUAGACUUCUUCAAAGUGUUUCGGCGAUACGGGCUGGAUCCCGACGAACGCUUCUCGGACACAUUCAUGUCGCAACUAGGAGAGCUCCACGACGAAAUCUUCUUCGAUACCCCGACCAGUUCUGCAGAAGAAUACGCUGAACUACCGAGGAGCUCCGCCAAAGGAAAAGACGUCCAAGAUGACAACAGCACCGUCGUACCUGAACCCUUAUCCCCCGGUGUCCCCGACCUCCUCAAAUACGGAACCCUCCGCGAACUCGUCACCCUCGUUAGGGACGAAAUUCGGCUCACUUUCCCCCGCGGCGCGGAUUCGGUUGGUCCUAUACUCCGUGUACAGUACGUCUUCCGGGAUGACGGCCGCGAACUUACGACGCAUGACUUUCCUGUUUCACCGCAGGCUUUGGAUGCCUAUCUUGCUGGGGACAUGAGCUGGUGGCGCGGCGAGAGGAGGCCUGCUGGUGUGACGAUCGAGGAGUCGUUCAAGUGCACGUCGUGCGAGUUUGCGGCGAACUGUAUAUCUGUUUUCGUAUCGCAGAGCGGGGAGGGGCCUCUUCAUUUGACAAUGCAAUUUAUUACCUCCACCACCGUAUACCUUAAGAAGAAGAAGAAAAAUAAGAAUUAUAGUGCUUCUACUACCUCUCACUUCGCCUCAUGAAUAUUAAGACAUCUCAGCCAUACAUGGAUUCAUUCAUUCGCCCCCCCACAAAUAACACUAUCGCUCAAUCUCAAUUCUCCACGCCACGCUUUUAGGGAAACAGAAAAAUGUAGUACCCAAAAGUUUUGGACAAAAAAGGAAAAAAGAAAAGAAAAGAAAAGAAAAAUACGAGUACAAAAAAAGACGUCUCCUCGUAGUGAAAAUGAAAAACAAGUAUUCUUCUGCCAUCAAUAAAUAGAUACCUUUCUUUCUCAAAAGAUAAAUUCAAGCUUGCAGCUUCUUGAUCUUGUUCCCGCCGCCUGACGCCGUGGAGCUGGAAGAAAAAGACCUCUCUCGAAAAGAACCCUAUUUCUUUAGGCCCAAGAAAUUCCUCUUCUUCUUCUCCUUGUGUGCUUUUCCGUCGUCGUAUGAGCUGUUCGAGGUCGUAGGCCUGUGUCCGCUUGAGUUGAUGUGCAUGUUCGCCAUGGCUUGUGUUGGCACGGAGCCGGCGCUGGAAGCACCACUAGGAGUUGGCCGACUCGGGAGACCACCUGGGCGAGCCAUCUGUUGAUGCGGAGCAGCACCAGGUCGAGGUGCUCCGGGAGCCAUGGGCUGUUGUUGCGGUGGUCGGGCCUGGACAGGCUGAGGUGGCGGCGCUGGAC